CUGGACUAGGACAUUGUGCAGGGAGAGAAGGGAGUAACCAGACCCCAUGACAGUCAACAUUAAGUCCAGCAGUCCAUUUGAACCCCUGCCCUGUGGCCAAUACCCAGCAGAGACCAGGAGGCUGAUUGUAUUUCCCAUCUACCAACAGGAACAAACAAUAGAUGAUUUGCUGCGAUGUGGAAUUUGCUUUGACUAUUUCAACAUUGCGAUGAUAAUUCCUCAGUGUUCACAUAACUAUUGUUCUCUCUGUAUAAGAAAAUUUCUGUCAUAUAAGACUCAGUGUCCAACUUGUUGUGUGCCAGUCACAGAGCCAGACCUGAAAAAUAACCGCCUGUUAGAUGAACUGGUAAAAAGCUUGAAACUCACACGGAAUCAUCUGUUGCAGUUUGCUUUAGAGUCACCACCCAUAUCUCCUGCCUCUUUUUCCUCAAAGAAACUUGCUGUCAAAGUACGGAGUCCUGGAGCCUUCAGAGAAUCUUUAAAGCAAGGCAACAGGGCAAUGGACAAGUUUUUGAUCAGAGAAACUGGUGGUUCUACAUCAGAGGUGUUGAUAAAAGAAAAUGACAGCAAAUUCAGCCAUCAAAAAGAGGCAAGCCCUUCUUCUACAGAGACCAGAGAGACAUGUUUUAUAGAAAAGAUGACACUUGGUACCCCAGAUGCUAAUAGGGCUGAGAUACCCUCUACAUCCUCUUUGAAACAGGUUGCUAAAGUGGAUUGUCCUGUGUGUGGGGUUAACAUUCCAGAAAACCACAUUAAUAAGCACUUAGACAGCUGUUUGUCACGUGAUGAGAAGAAAGAGAGCCUGAGAAGUUCUGCUCAAAAAAGGAAGCAGCUGCCCAAAACCGUGUAUAAUUUACUCUCUGAUCGUGAUUUAAAGAAAAAGCUAAAACAGCAUGGAUUAUCUAUUCAAGGAAAUAAACAGCAGCUCAUCAAGAGGCACCAAGAAUUUGUCCACAUGUAUAAUGCCCAGUGUGAUGCUUUGCACCCUAAGUCAGCUGCUGAGAUAGUCGAAGAAAUUGAAAACAUGGAGAAGACCAGGAUGCGUCUUGAAGCAAGUAAACUCAAUGAAAGUGCUAUGAUUUUUACAAAGGACCAAACAGAAGAGGAAAUAGAUGAAAUUCACCGUAAAUAUCGUAAAAAGCAUCAGAAUGAGUUUCAGCUUCUGGUGGAUCAAGCCAAAAGAGGAUACAAGAAAACUGGCGGAAUGUCAAAAAACAAAGUAAUGGGAGAAGGAGAAACUACAGGAAAGCCAGAAUCUGUAUGCAAGGGACCAAAAGAUGAUAAAAUGAAAUUCUCAGAUGUCACAUCGGUAGCGGACCAUUUUCACACGUCAGAGCUGGGCUCCCCAAGCGAAUUCGAGGCCAAGAGAGCAGAUGGUUCUUCUGGUUGUACCAAUAUUCAAGAAUUUACUGUUUUCUCAUCAGAAUCAGAUUCCUGCAAUAGCUCCAGUUCAGACAUCAUAAGAGACCUCCUGGAAGAAGAGGAAGCCUGGGAAGCGUCACACAGGAACUCUGGCUGUUGCACACUGUAUCCUGAAGGGACUGUCCUAUCUCCCUGUAAUAACAUUGGUGCUUAUUUUGAAAGUCAGUGGAGUAUGUGCGUAAAUGAUCUUCAAGACAUCGAAACAAGCCCAAGACAGAAUCGCCGCACGAGAGCAGCUGAAAGUGCUGAGAUUGAACCAAGAAAUAAACGUAAUAGGAAUUAGGGGCCUUUGCCAACUCUUUUAAUGCCAUGAUCAAAAUGUGGUAGCUUUGAUUGCUGAAUGUAGAUUUCAUAUUUAUAAAUGACCGAGGAAAGAUGCGAAUUUCUAUAUGUUAUGGUUAACUAGUUUUCAUUCUUUCCCAUAUUUCUGAAAAAGGAAAAGGUGAUAAAACAUUAUCACGUGGUCAGUUGCCUCCUAUCUCUAAACCAUUAUCAUCUGCUUGUUCACCAGCUUCCCUGAGUGGGCAAACUGUUUUGCAGAGGGAUUUGUUUGGUUUGCACUUUUAGGGUAUCUGCGAACCAUUCUCGUUUUUCACUAUGGAAAAACCAGCUUUAGAAGAGGAUCCUUUUCCUCCUCUCCACCAUAACAAGUGGUUGAAUUGGAGAUGUCUGUGUCUGCUUCACUUAGUCGUGGGCAUGUGUGAGUGCCUGUCACCACAGUUCUGUGGUACUAUCACCCGGGGUAGGGGCGGUGUUUAUUAGACUUGGGUUUCACGUGUCCCUGGAAGUAGGGUUCCCAUUUAAAGUCACAACGUUAGUAUUAUAAAUUUUUUAAGUUACAAGUUAGUAUUAUAAUUUUUAAAGGUACAAAGUUAUAUUACAGUCUUAAAAGUUACGUUAGUAAUAUAAUUUUUUUAAAGUCACAAUAACUUUUAAACAGACAUUUUUUUCUGAAAUGAUACUUUAAAAUGACUACUUUUAGUAUUUUUUAACUUGAGCUAGUGAAAUUUCUUAACAGAAUGAAUCCCAGCUACUGAAAUAUGCAAUAAAUGGAUUUGUAAAUGAACAGACUGACUCAGGUCAAAUUAAAACAAUGUCCUCAAAAUGGUGCCCUGUGCACAAUGGAGUAAAGGCUAUAUAAACCGCUAUCAUCAUGCCGGUCAGAUAGUGUCAUCUGUGUGCAGAAUGUCUUCCUGUUCCCAGUGCUUUGACAUUUCAGAGCCAGACCAUGCCUCUGUCACUUCUCUGCCAGCCACGACCCAAAUACAUCUGCUUUCAAAUAACAGAUAACAAAUGAAGCAAAGUUAAAACACAAAUUCAUGAAAGUGCUGGGGACAGGAUUUGUGAUUUCACCUUUCCAGAGAAUGUCUCUGUUGACAUCACCCUCUGGGUGUGUGUUGAAGUCUUGAUUGUGGAAUAUCAUUAUGGUAACUGUUUGGCGUCCUGGCACUGAAAUCCGCUGUCUGUCUUCUUCUUCAUGAGUGCCCUGAGUUUCACGUAGUAAGAAUUUGUCCUAGUCAUUGUAGCUGCUUCAAGUCUAGUAGCUAAGUAGGCUGACAGCAGCACACUUGCGAGUCUUAGCAGGUCUGCAGUGAGCUGAGUGAGCAGUAUCAGAGAGAAAGGUUAAGGCUGGUGUGAUGUUAACAACACUUGAGU